GUUUAAUGUUAAAUAAUCACAAGCUUUUUGUCAGGAAAACACUGCACAAACAAAGCAAACAACUCAAAAACAAAAAAAAAAAAUGUGCUUUCGAUUACAUCCACCAAAUGGAAACAGAGGAUGAGGACAAGAGACCUGUCUGGGCUCGCAAUUUUAGUCAUGGCUGCCUACUGCCGCAACGCGCUGUCAUCACAUUAAUGGGGUUUUUAGCGUUAAUCUGUGCCUAUAUAAAUCGUGUAUCAAUCUCGUUUGUUAUCACCAAGCUGGUUGUACCCAUGAAUCGAACGGACCAAAAUAGCGGGGUGUGUCCGCCGGAGGUGUCCGACGACGGCUUAGGAAUCAAUAGUGGAAGCACCUAUAAAUGGUCUGAGCAGCUACAGGGCUUAGUACUGGGCAGCUUUUACAUUGGUUACUUUUUCAGCCAUCUACCCGGAGGCAUUUUGUCAGACAAAUUCGGCGCAAAGUGGAUCUUGGGCAUCAGCUUAUUACUUUCCGGCAUGUGCACUGCUUUUACUCCGGUUGCUAUUUUUUAUGGGGCCGAAUGGGGCUUGAUAGCCAUCCGUAUUUUAAUGGGCGCGGCACAAGGACCCAUUUUCCCUGCUCUUACUACGCUCCUUUCUCAUUGGGUACCCGCCAAGGAGCGCGUCUCCUUGGGCACCUUCUGCUACAGCGGGAUUACCGCCGGUAUCGUCAUAAGCAAUAUAUGCUCCGGACAAAUGCUCCACUACUUCGACUGGACGAUUACGCUUAUUACUUUUGGGUUUACAACAGGAGUUUGGUUUAUAUUUUUUAUCUUACUAGGCACUAGCACACCCUAUGAACAUCCAUGCAUCAGCCCUAUGGAAAUUUCUUUUUUGGCCAAGCAAAUACCAAAAAAGUCAGAUAACAUCCUGAUACCCUGGAGACAAAUACUGCUUAGCAAGGCUUUAUUCGCAGCGAUCAUCGGCCAGAUAGGGCAUGACUGUAGCUACUACGCUAUGAUUUCCUAUCUACCCAAAUAUAUGGCCAAUGUUCUUCAGUUUUCCAUACGCACAAACGGCAUCGUGUCCACUUUCCCCUUUGUCGCGAUGUGGGGCAGCUCGCUAAUUUCUGGAUUAAUGGCCGAUUGGCUAAUUCGUACAGGGAAAAUGUCCAUAAAUUCAGAACGAAAAUUAUUUACAUUUAUUGGCGCCCUUUUUCCGGGAUCGUUUAUGGUAGCAGCCUCGUAUGCCGAAUGCAAUAAGGGCCUAGUUGUGGUAUUUAUUACCCUAGCGCUGUUUACCAUGGGUCCGUACUAUGCUGGCCAAAAACUAACGCCUAUGGACAUGUCACCCAGUUAUUCGGGCACUCUUAUGGCCAUCAUUAAUGGCAUCGGGGCUGUAGCCGGCUUGAUUUCACCUCCUAUUAUCGGUGCCAUGACUCCUAACGCAACAUUGUAUGAAUGGCGUUGGGUAUUCUGGUUGGGUCUGGUCAUAUUAGUAUUAUCUGCUGUCUUUUUCUGUCUCUGGGGCACGACUGAAAUGCAGCCGUACGAUCCAAAUUUUUCUGCACAAAAUGCUGCAGUGAACACAAUGAGCAUGUAAUGUGCGCGUAUUAAAAAUACCUGUAUCGUCUUCUUAUAAUUAAAAUACGUUGAA